AUGGAGAGAGUGAAGGAGGGAGAAGCACCGAUGACAGUCAAAGACAGAGAAGUGCCAGCAAGAGGGAGGGAGGGAGAGCAGCCAAUGACGGUGAAGAUGGAAUGCCUGGCGACUGCAAUGAGCUCUAAGGGAGGGAGUGACCCAAAUGUGAAGGUGGAUUCGGGGGAGGGGAAAUGCAGGGAGGCAACACAUAAAUUCAAAAUUAGGGGGAGGACAGAAGAAAUUGAGGCAAAUGAUAUGGGAACAUUGCUUGGUGUGCCCCAUAUUGGGAAAGAGGAAUUAAAGGAAGUGCAUCAAAGGAUGAUGGAUGCACUUGAUGAAAGUCAUAAAAGGCUUAGUAACCAAUUUGUGGAAGAGCUUAUGAAGGUGCAGCUCCAUCUAGAAGGGAUGCAAAGUUUAAAUUUGAAGGACUUUGUUGACAACAUAGGUGAUGAGGAAGUGAUUCUUCCAUCUGAUAGUAAAGGUGAAAAAGGAGGUAGUGACAAAGGUGAUAAUGAUGGAGAUAUUACUGAAGGUAAAGAUCAUGAUCAGGAAGGAGGUAUUGAUGAAGGUGAUGAUGAUGGAGAGGAAGGAGAUAGUGAGAAAGGUGAUAAUAAUGGAGAGAAAGGUGAUGAUGAUAGUAAUAAUGAUGAUGGAGGGGAUAAAAUCAUUGAGAGAUUGCCCACCAAUAUUGUGUAUGAUGAAGAAAAUAAGGGAGUAGGGUCAUUAGAUAAAGAGACUGACAAGGGAGAAGACCAAAAGACAUCAAAAGGACAAUCAUACCAAGUCAAAAAAUAA